UCUCCAUGCAAAUAAUAUGGCGGUGACAACAAAAUCUUGACUAUAAUAUAAACUACGCCACUGCUGUACAAGUAAAAGAGAAAUUGCCCGCAAAAUAAUGCCAACUUCAGACUUAUUCACCAAGCCUCCCCAGCAGCCAGUCCGAAAGCCCGGCCAAUUAUCCAAGGAUCAAGUCACGCAAUAUUUCGAAGAGGGUUUUCUGCUAGUGCAAGAUUUCUUCAAAAAGGAAGAACUAGAGCCUGUCUUAAAAUGCAUUGAGCAUUUGGUUGAUGAACUUGCUGAAAAACUUCAUAAAGCUGGAAAAAUAAAAGAAAAAUAUGAAAAUGCCUCUGUCUUCGAAAGAUUAACCUUUAUUGACAAUGAAUUUCCCGGAGCUGCAAUCCUGAUUCAUAAGUAUGGUGAAAUGACUAAGGAAUUUUCUGACCUUUGGACAAAUGAAAGGCUUUUAAAUGUUGUUGAACAAUUCAUAGGACCAGAGAUUGCAGGUCAUCCAGUCUGGAACCUGAGAGCAAAGAUACCCAAAAGUGAGCAAGCUACAGUUCCAUGGCACCAAGAUAAUGCAUAUAUGUCCUUUGAAGCUGGUGAGGUAUUAGUACCAACAGCUUGGAUUCCUUUUCUGGAUACAAAUAUGGAAAAUGGCUGUAUGGAGGUAGCACGGUAUGGCCACAAAUCUGGAGUUCUUGCUAAACACACAUGUUGUGCUGGACCUACUUGGUAUGUUGAUCUUGAUGUAAAAGAGAUGCAGACAACUUUAGGCGUGGAUAUGGAAAACGAUGUUGUUUUGUGUGAGGUGCCAUUUGGAGGUGUUCUGUUUAUUAACAAUCUGGUACCACACAGAAGCCUGAAAAAUUAUUCCAAAAACAUUAGAUGGACGAUGGAUUUACGAUGGCAGGUUCCAGACAAGCCUAAUGGUUUUUAUGGUUUAAAGGAAAACAUUUUACUUCGAACUGGAAAGGACCCCAAUCAUGUCAUCGACUGGGAAGCAUUCGCUGUGGAUCGUAACAAGUUGCAAGAGAACUAUGUAAAUGAAAAAACAAAUAUCGACAAGAAGGAGUAUGUUGAAGAUCCUGAAUUUGACACGACGAUCUCAGGGCCGUGGAUGGAUCGUUGGGAGAUUGUUAAUCACAAUAAACACACGGAUUCUUUCAAAAAGAGUUCGACAUGAUCAAUACAUUGAAACUAUAUGAAGAUUAAUCUAAUAUUAAUAAUGGACGCUAAAAAAUAGCACUUUACAACAAUAAUAGCUCAUUUUUUCAAGGCCGAAAUUGACAAGAAAAAAGAGGGAUAAACUAAGGGAUCUUGCCACAAAAUUAAGACAUUCGAAUUAACAUUUACUGCAUUUAUAAAUUUUAGUUUUUUAUAGUUUCCAUAUGCUAAUUUACGCAAUUUUUA